AUCUAUCUAUCUAUCUAUCCAUCUCUCUCUUGUCGAGAAACAAGAGACCCCGGACUGUCAAUUAAACCAUACGUGCGCCGCUUAAAUGGCUGCAGACCUCAACGCGACUGAACGUGUAAUACGUUUAGAAGGGGGAGGGCCCGAAGUAUGGCUUCCGUGGUGGUCACUGUCGUGUGCAGUGUGCGUCAGCUGCUCCCCAAAGCGCACCGGUCACGAAACUCCCAAAGCCACCGAAAAUAAGAGGCUCAGUCAGCCUUUUCGACUUCGCUUAAAAACUUUCUACGGAUAUGCAGUUGCCUUUCGUCGCGGAUACGUGAAUUAACAGUGGUGGAGAUAGUUUGGUGAGAGAUGAGUCGAGAGUAAGUUUCUUGGGAAGAUUCGAUAGGUUGAUUUUUGACAAGUGAAAGAGGAGGGUCCCACCAAGCGCAAGAACAAUCGAUGGGAAGAUUUUAAAAAAUUAAAAAUGAGCUUGAUGUCAAGAAGAUUUGAAAACUGAAUGUGCUUUGGCUAAGUCUGUGCUUAUUUUUUAGAUUUGUUUAUUAUGAUCGUAUACUGGAAAAAAGAGUCACUGAGAGUAUUGUGAGUAAAUUAAAGACAACAAACGGGUAUUCCAAUUAAAGUCCAGUGAAUCUUUCUGGUUGUAAGUAGUAAGUAAAAAAUCUUACGAGAAAUUUGCGAUCGUAACAAAGAUUUUGUUAAAUUUAGAGCGAUGGCAUAACCUUACAAGUAACGAUAAGCCGAUGGUAGAGGAUAGAUCGCUAUCGGACCUAUCACGAGAAAAAGCAUUAUUUUCACUUCGCAUAUUAAUAAAAUCUCAAGUUUGAACUCCAAGGGAUAAGGAAAAAACGAAAAGCGCUAUAAUUACAAAGGAAAUAAUUACAGAAGUAACCAUAAAUUUUCAAGAUCAAAGGUAGGAGAUCCAUAUAGAAGUUUUCAUGGAUCUGAUAAAUAUCAUCCUUAUGGCAGAAACCGAUAAACCUUGUGUAUAUGAAUUUCGAGAAAACCAAAAAGAAGCGAGGGAGACUAUAAUUACAUUAAAUUCUAAAGAUCAAAGAGAAAAAAAGAACAUCCAUAAUUUAUUCCGAUAAGAACUUUAAUCGACAUUAAAUUCUUCAAACUUUAAGGACCAACAAAUCUUCAAGUUUCAACUUCAAGCUAUAAGAAUUGAAAAACCAGGAAGAAACGCCCAAGAAAUAUUCUAUCAACAAUGUUUUAUCACCUGGAGCAUCUACAGCAAAAAGAGAUUCACCUGCUGGACUCAUUGAAAUAGAAAAAGAAACAUUGAGUGGCUCGCGAAAUAGGAAAAAAUAUCAAUUUAUGUGAGACGAGAAGGUGUACGAAGCCGAGUUAUUCCGAAAUGCUGAUGACGAUAAUCGUAAAGAAACGUGUUCCAUUGUUAUCCUCGGAGUGGCGCUUAUCACGCGAUUUGAUGGAUCCGAUCAUGGAAAGGCCUCAUCGAGAUAAGUAACACGUGCUGCGUGUCCCGUCGCCAUUUUCAUCGGGGAUCCCCCUGUUGGAUACUUUUCGAAGACUCCUCGGAGAAUCCAAGCGAAAUUAUGAGUGGAACAUCUCGAUAAUCGUAAAAAAGAAGAAAAAAAAAAAAGAAAAAGGCAGAAGAAAAGGAAAGACUACAAAGCGAUCGAACGAUUUUAGUCAUCGAUGGUAUUUCUUGUUGGUAGAAGCGACUGAAAGGAACUCGACUUCUCUUUCGACUCCGAAAUCCAACUCCCUUGACCAAAUUUUUGACCGUUUAAAAAAAUUCUUUGAAAGAGAAAAGCGUAAUUACGUGACUCAGUUUGUCGUCGCUAGAAUCGGGAGAAAAGAAUUCGAUUGAUCCUUUGAGCGACGAGUAGACUACGAUAACGGAAUACUGUUCCCUUUAGAAAAUUUUUCGAAUAUUCCCUUUCGCAGGGAUAUCGAUUCUAUUAACGACUUGACGAAUGUUCUGAAAAGUUCUCUCGAAGAAAGAAGCGUAAUUCGAUAAUUUAAUUUAUCAUGGUAGAAUCGAGCGAAGAGAACGGAACAUCCCCUCUGAAUGUACUAUCGAUUAAACAGGUUACGAUGACGGAAACCUGUUCCCUUUGGAAUCUUUAUGUCACGAUAUUCUUUUAAAAAAGGAAGAGCGAUCGAAUGACUUCACCUAGUUUGGUAUUUUUAAGAAGAAAGAUGUUGUCCAACGUUCUGAUCAUUUUUUUGAGUAUUGCGCAGACGAUUUUAGGGAUUGAGGAUCAAAAUAUAUGUCCGAAGAAUAGAAGUUUGUUCGAGAUUCCUGGCGAUGCCGUAUUGUCUGUGUUCUUGAAUAUUAAUCACGGACCAUACUGUAACACUACGAGUAGCACCGGUCUCCAGGAAGUCUUCACCGCUUCGUACGUAGUGCAUCUUUUGAAUAAAUACGAAUCUAUUCCUGGACUUUCCUUAGGUCUAAAAAUCUUCGACACCUGCAACGAUGAAACGACUGUAUAUAAACAAGCGCUGCAAACAAUCGUGGAUACAGAGUGCACGAACCAUUACGAAAUGGGAAUACUAUUACCAUCGGAAUACGCGACGACGUUAGAACCAUUUCGUAAUUACAGCGUGUUGCCCAUCAGCACGUACAACGAGCAGAAUUUGACAAGGCCCUUGAUCAAUCUAAUGGUCCAUUACCUUAGCACUAGAUUCGAAACGAUCGACGCGCUUCUCGCUAAUCACGAUUUCGCGUUAAAUUUAUUUCUCGAUACAACGAAGGAGGCUGGAAUUUGCGUGGAAAGUUAUGGAGACACUUUGGAAUUGGAGGAAAGUGAAAGAGAAGCUGUGAUCGCUGUGAUCGGGCAGAGAAACGAUAUUCGACAAUGGAUCGAAAGAGGAGAAAAGAUGCAAGGAUCCAGAAAAACGUGGAUCGCGUUGCCGCUUGAUGGAUCGAACGUCGACGACCUAAUCCCUUCAGGUUCGUACGUCUUACGAACUUCACCCUUUAACCUGGACUUACUGCAGGAAAUCUCCUCGUCGGAUUUAUUUGUCGAAGCAGCGAGCAAUCCUGUAAUUCAUUCGCCACAUUUGCUUGGUAUUGGCAAAGCUAUUGUCGAGCUGGCUCAAUUACUACAAGAUCUUCAGAAACGAAAUUGUCCUCGAGGGAUAGAGUCGUGCGCGAUGCCACGUUUCAAUCCGAAUUCGAAACAGGAAAUGCGAAACGUGGAUGUGUACAACGCUCUCCGCAUAGUGCCGAAAUCGCACUCAAUCGAGUACAUCGUGGCAAUGAAGAGCCAGCAAGAGAUGGUCGAUAUGGCUGCUUAUAGGGUAGAGCCAGCGAAUUCGAAAUUCAGAAUCGCACCAGAGUCGAGGGUGCCGAAGAUGCCGAAGCUUUGUUUGAAGAAGUACGCGAAGAAUUGCGCGAGUUGCGCAAAUUUCAAGAUGAAAUUUGGCUCCCGUGGUGUGGCCAAAGAUACACUCGACAGGGGUUUAUUAAAGGCAGGCAAUUGGAUACCAAUUUUCCUGACGGUGGUUGUGUGUGGUACGUUCGCCUGCGGCGUGAUUGCCGUCUUCAUUAUCUACCGCUUCAUCGUCGAGGACGUUCUCGAUGGCAAUCCAGCAUUAACGAUCGUUCUAAUACUGGCUAACGUGUUCACGCUGCAAACGGUGCUUCUGUUCUGCAUCAACGACGAUUAUUUAGGCGCUGAGCACCUUAACUCUAGGAAAAUCCUCGUAACCAGCCUCGCAUUUGGAUUGGAUUUCUCCGUUAUGCUUACCAGAGCAUUUUUCUUACUUUUUUCCAAGGGUGGCGUAUUUACCGCUCAUAUUAAUGGAUAUCUUCAAGGACUGAUGGUGUUCUUUAUGUUCUGCGUGCAACUCGCGAUAUCCAUUAUGUUCUUCGCUUUUAGCACCGAUGAUCCGGCCGUCGUUAUGAGAAGUUUGUUCUUCGUCGCUCUUUUAGGCUACGAUAUAUUUUUGCUGAUCAUCCUGUUCAUGGUGUGCUUCUUCAUCUUCCAACUGCCGCGUAAUUAUCGCGAAGGAAAGUGUUUCUUCGGCACUUCUAUCGGGCUUUUGAUCGUCUGGGCCAUCUGGCUCACCUGUUUCAUCCUCGUCGAACCUGAAUGUCGUGACACUGUCGUGACAUUUGGAAUUAUUUCAACGGCGUACCUGAUCAUUAUCGGUGUUCUGAUACCAAGGACCUAUUACAUGGUCACGCAUUUGGCCAGAGGGAAGAAAUUCGGACAGAGAUUUGGAUCGACCGAUCUAGCACCUGAUCCCAGGAUCAAUACGAUCGUCAAGCAGAGUCGGCCAUUUUACGAUUACGUGCACUCUGGCGGAGGAAGUAUGACGAAUUUGCAGGUGACAUCCGCGUAUCCAAACUAUUAUGGAAAUUCAAGUCCAAAUCAGAAGUAUCUAGGCCAGAGUAGAAGUCCCGAUACUCAAAGAAUUCCUGGAUACAACAAUUAUGGCUACCAUUCGGAAAUGCGAGAAGUGAAUAAUUCUUACACAGUACCCCAAGUCUGCAUCGAGGAUGCGGACUCAAGGAUGAGCCCCGUGGAUCGGAGCAACGCGAAUACGACAUACGCGCGGCCAAAAUGUCAGCGGAAGCGGAAGCCCAAGGACGACAAAGACUGCAUCGAGACCGACGUGUACGUCGAGGGUAGCGUUUCCGCCAGCCGUAAAUCCCACGAUGAGAUCUAUCCUGCGCGACCCAGCAGUCCUAGGUUAACUCAAACCGAAGCAACCAUUUGUGAAGAAAACGAACACGAUGAAAUAACCAGAAUCACACGAUUUUAAUACAAUAAUCGCAUUAUAAAUAAUUUAAUCCUCAACCGACCUUUAAUUUCGUUUAGUGUCGUUUCGCUCGUUUGUUUUGCGACAAAAAGCGAUAAAGCUAGUCCUUUCGACUAUCUUAGAAUUCCAAUUAAGGGUUAAAUAUCGUACAGACGAUCGUAUUUCCAGUGAAUUAAAUUGUUUCCAUUCGAUUGGUCGAUUUUUGUAGCUGCAGGCUUCUUGAACGAGAAGAUAAAUUUUUUGAUCAACGAAUGCAUUUUAUCGUCGUACGGAAAUAUAAAAAUAAUAAAAUAAGUUUGGGUUGAUCUACUACAAUAUAUGUAUAGAGAUGCGCAUCAUCGUGUGUCUGUAGCUUAGAAUUUAUAAUAAAUUAUGUGGUUAAUUACUUUAUUAUAAUCUAAUCCCGGGUUAUGUACCUUAAUUAUUACUUAUUAUUGUCACUAUUUGUAGUAAAUUAGCAAAGAAUACUUUGUAUAGUUUUUAGUCGCUAUAUGUAUUAACUUUACGUUGUACAUCCGAAUAGCUCGUCAAUCGUCAAGAAACAAAAAGAAGAAUAAGAAAGUUGUAACGACGACGCUCUGCGACUAUAGCACGAAUACAUAACAGUGUUUCGUUUAUGACAACAACGGAUACCGUGAUUCAAUCCUACAUCAAUUAUGCGUCCACUCCAACGAUAUUAAUCAUUAAUUAAUAAUCAUUAUUCGUUUUAAAGAAUAUUUUAUGCAGAUCCCCGUUCAUUAAAGAUAAUUUACGUUAUUUUUA